GAGGGGACGGGUCUCGAGUUGGACGCGCGCUCUGAUUCGUGGAGAGGGGCAAGAAGGGGGUGGGUCAGUAGUCGUUACGUCAUUCCGUUUCCGUUGGCGGCCCUGCGGCGCCUCACUUCCGCUUCCGGGUCCCCCCUUUUUCCGCUCCUUUUCGCUCACCCCCUUCUUCCCCACACUCGUCGCGGCGCUUCUUCCCGGUUCCUUCUCCGGCCGGGCUCGGGAUGGCGCCGCGGCUGCAGCUGGAGAAGGCGGCCUGGCGCUGGACGGAGACGGUGCCGCCCGAGGCCGUGACGCAGGAGCACAUCGAGGCGGCCUAUCGCAUCGGCCUGGAGCCCUGUCACCGCGGGGCCUGCCGGAGGAACUGCAGAGGAAACCCGAACUGCUUGGUGGGGAUUGGUGAGCACGUUUGGCUGGGCGAGAUUGAUGAAAACACUUUUCACAACAUUGAUGAUCCAAACUUUGAGAGGAGAAAAAAGAAUGCAUUUGUGGGCCUCACAAACCUCGGCGCCACCUGCUACGUCAACACGUUCCUGCAGAUGUGGUUCUUGAAUUUGGAGCUUCGACAGGCUCUCUAUUUGUGCCCUAUAACCCGCCCGGGAUAUGUGACGGCAGAGGGCACUGUUGCAAAUAAAGCAGAUUAUGAGCCUCAAACCAUUUGCGAGCACCUCCAGUACCUGUUCGCUUUGCUGCAGAACAGUAAGAGGCGAUACAUUGAUCCGUCGGGGUUUGUUAAAGCCCUGGGUUUGGACACAGGUCAGCAACAGGAUGCGCAGGAGUUUUCAAAGUUGUUCAUGUCUCUGUUGGAGGACACCUUGUCCUCGCAGAAAAAUCCAAACGUACGGGACAUCGUUCAGAAGCAGUUUUGCGGAGAGUACGCCUACGUCACCGUAUGUAACCAGUGUGGCCGAGAGUCCAAACUCAUCUCCAAGUUUUACGAGCUGGAGCUGAACAUCCAAGGCCAUAAGCAACUGUCGGACUGCAUCACAGAGUUCUUAAAGGAAGAGAAGCUGGAAGGGGACAACCGCUACUUCUGUGAGACCUGCCAGAGCAAACAGAAUGCCACCCGGAGGAUCCGGCUCCUCAGCCUUCCGUGUACCCUCAACCUGCAGCUGAUGCGCUUUGUGUUUGACAGGCAAACCGGACACAAGAAGAAGCUGAACACCUACCUUGAGUUCUCAGAAGUUUUGGACAUGGGGCCCUUCAUGGAAGACAAAGUAAACAACUACGUCUAUGAGCUCAGUGCAGUCCUUAUCCACCGGGGCGUGAGUGCCUACUCCGGCCAUUACAUUGCCCAUGUGAAGGACCCUCAGACGGGCGAGUGGUACCGAUUCAAUGAUGAGGAAAUUGAGAAGAUGGAGGGCAAGAAGCUGCAGCUGGGAGCAGAAGAAGAUCUAGAGCCAUCUAAAUCCCAGACUCGGAAGCCCAAGUGUGGGAAAGGGAUUUACCGCUCCCGAAACGGCUAUAUGUUGGUGUACAGGCUCCAGACGCAGGAGAAGUCGCUGAGGGUGGAAAUCCCAGCUUUCCUCCAAGAGCUCGUGGAGCGGGACAACAGCACGUUCGAGGAGUGGUGCGACGAGAUGGCCGAGAUGCGCCAGCAGAGCGUGGCCCGAGGCAAGAUCAAGCACGAGGAGGUGAAGGAGCUCUACGAGAAGUUGCCCGCCAAAGCUGGGGCCCCCUACGACUUUGUCUCCCUUGAGUGGCUGCAGCAGUGGCUGGAUGAAUCGACGCCCCCCAAACCCAUCGACAACACGGCCUGCUUGUGUUCCCAUGGCAAGUUGCACCCAGAUAAAAUCCCGGUCGUCAAGAGGGUGUCGGAAUACGUCGCUGAUUAUUUCUACAAGCGAUACGGAGGGGGGCCUCGGCUGACAGGCAAAGCGCUGUGCAGAGACUGUGUGGUGGAGCGGUGCCGAGUGCUGCGGCUCAAGAACCAGCUCAACGAGGAUUACAAGGCCGUCUCCAACUUGCUCAAAGUGGGUAUGAAGGGCGAUGAUGGGUUUUGGGUCGGGAAGUCCUCCCUGCGGAGUUGGCGGCAGCUGGCCCUGGAGCAGCUGGAUGAGGCCGAAGAGGACGGGGACCAGAGCAACGGAAAGAUGAACGGCGACGCCAAGAGCAAAGAUGAAUCCAGUGCAGAAAAGCGAGAAGAGGAGGAGCUGAAGUUCAACGAGGAUGUUGUUUGCCCUCACGGCAACCUGUGCAUUUCGGAGAAUGAGCGGAGGGUCGUUUCCAGAGAAGCCUGGGAGAAACUCCAGUGCUAUUUCCAGAACGCCCCCAAGUUCCACAGCAGCCAGGACUCCUGUUCUCAAUGCAAGAUUCUCGAGCGGGAAGGAGAAGAGAACGAAGCGCUCCAUAAAAUGAUGGCCAGCGAACAGAAGGCGUCCCUUCCGAACCUCUUCCAAGAUAAAAACCGGCCUUGCCUCAGCAGCUGGCCUGAGGAGGUGGGCGAGCUCUACGUGGUCUCAAGGUUUUUUGUAGAAGAAUGGAGGAAGUUUGUAAGGAGACCCACACGCUGCCGUCCGGUCUCCUCAGUAGGAAACCGGGAGCUCCUCUGUCCCCACGGCGGCCUGAUGUUCACCUUUGCUUCCAUGACCAAAGAAGACUCUAAACUUAUAGCUCUCCUAUGGCCCAGCGAGUGGGCGAAGAUCCAAACGCUCUUCGUGGUGGAUCACCCCGUUCGAGUCAUCCGCAGGCGGCCCCUCCAAGCGACCCCGGAAAGCCCCCUCUACAUCACGGAGCCCGAGCUGUGCUCGGACUGCCGGGAGGGCCUCUUGUGCCAGCAGCAGCGGGACCUGCGGGAGUACGCCCAGGCCACCGUCUACGUGCGGAAAGUGGUGGACAAUAAGAAGGUCAUGAAGGAGGCCGCCCCGGAGCUGAACGUGAGCAGCUCAGAGGCGGAGGAAGAGAGGGAAGAGGGCCGGCUGGAAGGGGAGCAGGAUCCGGAUUUUAACCAGGCCAACAGCAACGUGAAACGGCAGAAGGUUUCACACCCAAACUAUCUUGCGUACCAAAAGCAGGGGAUCCGGCGGAGCACGCGGCACAGGAAGGUCCGUGGGGAGAAGGCGCUCCUUGUCUCCGCGACCCAGACACUGAAAGACCUGAAGAUCCAGAUCAUGCACGCUUUCUCCGUUGCGCCGUUCGACCAGAACCUGUCCAUCGAUGGCACGAUCCUGACCGACGACUCAGCCACCCUCGGCAGCCUCGGGGUCACUCCAGAGUCUGUAGUUUUAUUAAAGGCUGACGAACCCAUUGUGGACUACACGGCCAUAGAUGACGUUAUGCAAGUCUGUAUGCCUGAAGAAGGAUUUAAAGGGACUGGCCUCCUCGGACAUUAACCUUUGGAUCGCCGCGAACCACAGACAUCACCAGAAGGAGGGGAGCCGAGUCGAGGGUCUAAGCGGGGCAUCUCAGGACUGGUGGACCUCUGAGGCCAGCCAUUUGGCCUUCCCAGGG